GUCGGGCUUUAAUGGACAGAUACAGGCAGCAAUGAAAUAGCCUUCUAACAUAAAAAUGAAUAUCAGACAGUGUGCAAAUUAAAUUUAGCCUUGUUCAGUAUAUAUGUAGGUCAGCCUCAAUAUUGGUCACUAUCUAUAAAAUGUCUCAGUAUUCUCUUAACUGACGUUACGGAAUUGAGCUAUGAUUGAAUGUAGCGCGUUGAACUUGAUUGGCGCAUUCAUCUUGGUGCACGCCCUCUGUUACGAACCGACUUUGAACGACGUUUAAAUUGCGUGGGCGUUGACGUAAAAGGCGGUUUGAGUGAACCGGUUUGAAACCUGUGGAGAGCAGGACAUAAAGAGGAAAGUUGGUGACAUGACUGAGACGCACCAUUCGGAGCAACUUCGCGGAGAUGAUGUGUUUGCCAACAGCAGCAACGAAACAGUUGUAGAAAAUGUUGAUUAUUCGUUAGUAUUGAAAGAAGCUGGAGAGUUCCUGAAUACCCUAUGUACUGGUGAUGCAUGCAGAAAUUCGUUUCCUGUUGCUAGCCCAGUGAAAGAUGAAACCGGCAAAGUGGAGUUAGAAACACACAACAGUUCAGUGAAUAGAUCGUUGUUUCCAGAUUACGAGGGCCAGGUGGAUGUUAGCUUUACUGUUAAUCAACUUAUUGUACAUUCAUCAAAUCUACCUCGUCGUUUGUUUUGUCCAUUCUGUACACAGCAUUACGGCUUUGAAUUCCUAUUGAAAGAACAUAUAAAAAAAUUUCAUACUUUGGAAAUUGAAACUUUUGUUAUUAAUAGCAAGAACUUACAGUUCCAUCCAUGUCCGAUCUGCCAGGCAAAGUUCUACCUUACAGAUUUACUGAUGAAACACGUUAUGUAUAGACAUCAGGAAUGUGUUUUAAACAUACUUAGGGAAGCUAGUCCUAAUCAGUAUGUUAACUGCAGAUUUUGCCCGUUUAGAGUGUGGAAAAAGCAGGAGAAAGAACUGCUUAUUCACGUCGAAAACAAGCACCUUAAAAGCUUUGAAACAAUGUUUAUAGAAAAAUAUUCAGACACUUUAGAUCCUGAAAAUGAUUGUGACGAAAGUACUGCUAAAGAAAUUUUUUACUAUCCUAAGGCGAGACCUCCACCUACUACAUUGCUAAUGGAUUCCCCAUUUGAACACCAACAGGCAAAGAAUGGUGUUCAGAAAUCAAUUUUGAAGAACAGGCUAACUUGUGAAGAAGGCGAUCAUUUGAAGAAAGGAACAGAUGUUCAAUAUUUUACUGCAAGAAGUGAAGCAGUGAAACGUAGACUGCAUUAUGAAAUAGAUUCAGAUGCUAAGAGAGAAAGCAAUGAUACCUGUGCUAUAAAAUCAAUAUUAGUUGGUCAUCCACAAAAAAGAUCAAGGUGGAAAGCUUUAUUUAAGAAGAUGAGGAGACCUCGCAGUAUUCCAAAACGGUGUUUUGUUACAAGCACACCGUAUGCCAACAGUGCAAGAAACCAGAGGAAUUUUUUUGUAGAUGGAGAAAGUGAGGCACAUUGUGUAUAUUCCAGUGCCACGAGUCCUGUAAAAAGAGUUAAAUUUAGUCUUAUGGAAACAGAUAAAAAUUUGAAUGAGGAACACGGAAUUUUAUUAAACACUUCCAAGAAACUUCAGUCUAGUAAUGAAAUAGAACCCAUUCUAAAGCAGUUCAAGUGUGCACUUUGUUUGCAAGCAUUUAUCAGUAACAAUGAGUUAUUAAAUCAUACAAGACAUAAACACAGUGGACCCUUUAAUUUAUUGCGGCCACGCUAUAGAUGUGGAGAAUGUGAGGCAAAAUUUUACAAAAACAGCUACUUAUUGCGGCAUUGCAAAUUUCAUCAUACUCCCUUAUGUCUGAGAAACAGAAAACAUUAAUGAACUUCAGCCACAAAAAUAGAUAGAUCCUAUGCAUGUUACUAAACAUAAAACUGCCUGUUUGAGAAAGGCUUUCUAUUAAUUUUCUGUCUUAUUUGUUAGCAAUACAUAUAAAUAAUAUUGUAAUUGGACUGUGAAAAUAUUAUGUGCUAUUAGAGGUCUUUAUGUACCAUAUAAGCUGAUUCUCCUGUAGUGUCUCUCUCACUCUCUACUCACUCCCUUUGAUACUUCGGAAUUGUCUGUUUCUGGUAACAUAUUACCAUAUUCUCACCAACACAUAUACAUUCUCUGCUGUCCACCUUUCCAUCAGCCUUUCUUAUUCUUUACCCACUUUUUUAAAUUUUGAGUUGUGUCGUAUUUUCAUCUAGUGAUCAUUACCAUAUUCAAACAUCUGAGUAUAUUUUGCAUACCAUUAAAAAUCUUCACCCGGUCAGCACUUCUCUUUUGUAGGUUUGCUAUGGAUCUUUUAUUACCACUGUGGAAUUGGUGUCCACCAAUGAAAACAGUGGGAGGGCCACCUAAAGAGUAGAUUGAGAGUGAACUGUAUUAUUUUUCCCCUGUAAUGUUGGCUGACUGGCUGCACAUAAUUAUCAUAACUAUACAGUUGUAAUCUGUUGAAAAUAUUCAUGUUAGCCCACAUAUUAUUGAGGAAAGAACAAAUUUACUGUCAGCAGCAUGUCGAUACAGUAAUUUUUAAAAUGUGUGUGUUCUUGUUUUCUAAUCAGUAAUAACUUUUUGGUUACAUUUGAUUUUAAAGUGUUGUCUGAAACUAUUCUAGAUCUGAAUGAGUGAAUUACACACAGAUGUUCAUCAUUGUUGCAGAUUUUUAGUUUGGUAUGUGAUUAAAUUAGCAUCACAUUUUGAAUCCAUGUGGAAGGACAAUAAGACAUUCAGUGGAGAUUUAUGGUGUGCUAAGGAAAAGUUUGUGAAAACUUAAAUUUAUUUCUAGUGUUGGAAUUCCUAUUACAGAUUAGAUUCUUUCUUUUAACUUUGGCACUGGAGAAUCCAAAAAGGAAUAUAAAUACCUGUGUUGUGACAAGUGCGUGAUCCCUCAUUAAAUAGGGAAAGUUGUGAGCAACAAGCAAGGAUGUAAAUGAAGUUGUAUGAUCAAUUUUUUUGUUUUCAUUGUUAAUUUUUUACCUCUGUGUGGAAUAUGCCUAUCUGUUCAUCAGUUAUUUGUUUGUUAUUCUGAGUAUGCAUAUUCCAUUAACAGUUAUUUGUUUGCUAUUUUGAAACAAUGAGCAUUUGUUAUUGCAACUAAAUGCACUGCAGUUAAAUAUUUUUAUCAAAGACAAAAGUUUAUUUCUGUUGUUAUCCAUAAAUAAUUGUUAAUAGUUAAAUAAAUUGCAUGCAUGUUUUGCAGGCAUCGUAGUUUGUGCAUUAGUUGAAAUUGUAAAUGUGGGAGUAGCUGAAGAAUAUUUUCAGGUGUAAAUGUUUAUUUCUGAGAUUUUAAGUUAGAAUAUAUUACAAUUUUUGUAAUGUUAUAUAUAUAUUUUUUUUACAUGUCUGUGAGUUGCAGUGAAUGGAGAAAGUAUAAAUUAUCUCUAAAAUAUUUGUAUAUAGGUUUGACUGCUGAAGAGGAUGUUUUAACCAUGGAUGCUAUUGAGACAGGCAUUUACCAAUGAAACGGAUAAAUGUGAAGAGAAUUAUAGAAGAAAGGAAUUCUUCUAGUCAUUCUAAAAAAUAAUUUCAGUAGCUUUAAGAUUUGUUAUACUUCAUAUAAAAGAUAUACUAGUGAAAGGUCAUAAAUGACACCACAGAUUCAUGUAUAGUUACCGAACAAGAUUAAAAUCAUUUUAACACACUUA